AUGACAUCUGCUUUCACACCUGUGUGUGACAUCCCCCUGCAUGGCCUCACGAUGUUGGCCACAUUCAUUGGCAACAACACGGUCAUCCAGGAACACUUUAAGCACACCUCAGAGCAGUUCAGUGCCACGUUGCGGCACAAGGCAUUCUUGAACUGGUACACGGGCGAGGGCAUGGACGACACGGAGUUCACUGAGGCUGAGAGCAACAUCAACGACCUGGUGUCCAAGUAUCAGCAGUGCCAAGAUGCCACUGCUGAUGAACAGGGGGAAUUUGAAGAAGUCUUGUGGAGGAAAAGGUCUAAGACUUCCCAUUGCCAGCAGUGCAACAGGAAUGCCAGAGCCUGCCUACUGCUUCUCAAAUGA